AUGGCACCUACCGCAGACGUUCUUCCCGCCGUCGUCGAGGCAUCGACGCGUCCAGGCCUGCUUGUCCAGCCAUCCGACACCAAGAUCCGCAAGGCCUCCUCCUUCCGCACCGAGCAGGUCGUCAUCGAUGGCCACAACCUCAAGAUUCAGGGUCUCGUCGCCUCGGCUCGAUACGGCCACGUGCCUAUCCUUGACGCGUCCCCUGCCACGCGCAAGCGCAUCGACGACUCGGUUGAAUCUCUCAUCGCCAAGCUCAACCGCGGCGAGUCGAUCUACGGCAUCAAUACGGGGUUUGGUGGAUCGGCGGAUUCGAGGACCGCCAACACGAGGGCUUUGCAGCUCGCGCUGCUCCAAAUGCAGCAGUGCGGUGUGCUGCCCGUCCCCUCGAGCUUCCCAACGGGGGAGCCUAGCUCGGCGCCGUUUGCUUUGCCACUGACCGACACGGAGUCGUCGUUGAUCAUGCCCGAGGCGUGGGUGCGUGGGGCGAUCGUUGUUAGGCUCAGCUCGUUGAUGCGUGGGCACUCGGGUGUCCGAUGGGAGGUGCUGGAGAAAAUGCAGAAGCUUUUCCUCCAGAACAACGUCACUCCCGUCGUGCCCGUCCGAUCCAGUAUCUCGGCUAGCGGAGAUCUCAGCCCACUCAGCUAUGUGGCGGGUGCACUCGCCGGUCAGCGUGGCAUCUACUGCUUUGUGACCGAUAAGAAUGGCCAGCGCGUCAAAGUCACUGCCGACGAAGCUUGCCGCAUGCACAACAUCACUCCCGUGCAGUACGAGCCCAAGGAGGCGCUUGGCCUGCUCAACGGCACUGCCUUCUCGGCGUCUGUUGCCGGUCUCGCCACGUACGAGGCGGACAAGCUCGCCGCUCUGACGCAGCUGACCACCGCCAUGGCCGUGGAGGCGCUCAAGGGUACCGAUGCCAGCUUUGCCCCCUUCAUCCACGAGAUUGCCCGCCCACAUCCUGGUCAGAUCAAGAGCGCCAAGUUCAUCCGUGCGCUGCUCUCGGGAUCCAAGCUGGCUGAACACUUGGAAAACGAAAAGCACGUCCUGUUCUCCGAGGACAACGGAACACUGCGUCAGGAUCGAUACACGCUUCGCACUGCAUCGCAGUGGGUCGGCCCUGGUCUGGAGGACAUCGAGAACGCCAAGCGAUCCGUCGACAUUGAGAUCAACAGCACCACGGACAACCCCAUGAUCGACCCGUAUGACGGCGACGGCCGCAUCCACCACGGCGGCAACUUCCAGGCCAUGGCAAUGACGAAUGCAGUUGAGAAAAUCCGCCUCGCCCUGUGCGCCAUGGGCAAGAUGACAUUCCAGCAGAUGACCGAACUGGUCAACCCGGCCAUGAACCGCGGUCUGCCGGCCAACCUGGCUUCGACUCCGGACCUCUCGCUCAACUUCCACGCCAAGGGCAUCGACAUUGCGCUGGCCAGUGUCACGUCGGAGCUCAUGUUCCUCGGCAACCCGGUCUCGACGCACGUGCAGAGCGCCGAGAUGGCCAACCAGGCGAUCAACUCGUUGGCGCUCAUCAGCGGGCGGCAGACACUGCAGGCCGUCGAGUGUCUCUCGAUGAUCCAGGCGUGGUCGCUGUACCUGCUGUGCCAGGCACUGGACAUCCGUGCUCUGCAGCACAAGGUGGCCGAGCAGCUGCCCGCUCUCAUCCUCGCCUCGCUCCACGCCCACUUUGGCGAAUGGAUGGACCAGGACAAACAGCUCGAAAUCGCCGCGCAGGUGCUCAAGAGCAUGAGCAAGCGCCUCGACGAGACCUCGUCCAAGGACCUGCGCGACCGCUUGGUCGAAACGUACCAGGACGCCUCGUCGGUGCUGGUCAAGUACUUUUCCGAGCUUCCGAGCGGCGGUGGUGCCGAUCCGCUGCGCAACAUUGUCAAGUGGCGCGCAGCCGGCGUGGCUGACACAGAGAAGAUCUACAGGGAUGUGACGGUCGAGUUCCUCGACAACCCGCAUGCUUGCCACGCCAGCCAUCUGUUGGGCAAGACCAAGAGGGCGUACGAGUUUGUGAGGAAGACGCUGGGCGUGCCGAUGCACGGCAAGGAGAACCUCAACGAGUUCAAGGGCGAGUUCGAGCAGUGGAACACGACGGGUGGCUACGUGUCGGUCAUUUAUGCCAGCAUCAGGGACGGUGAGCUCUAUGCCAUGCUGAGCGAGCUCGAGCGGGAUUUGUAA